CCACAUAUCAUUGACCUAUCGCUGACGUUGACAUCCAACGGUGAACCUUAAAUAUUUGAGAGAGUUUUGAUAGCGCGGUUUUACUUCGGUUUUUCAGCCCAUUUAUCAAAUGGAGAAGGAUAUUGCUAUUCAGAGGACAAUCUCAGACAACGGGGAGCCAUAUACGUCUAAGAUAUCGGCAGUUCGAGUUGGGCGUGAGAAUCUUUCAGAUGCUCUACCUCCCCACGAGGACUAUGAGGGACGUCACAGAUAUGAUCCGGGUGCCACGUGGACUCCGGCUGAGGAGAGAAGGGUAAUCUUGAAAACAGACCUUUAUCUUUUGUCGUGGAUUUGUGUCAUGUUCGCGGGCCUCCAACUUGAUCGCGGAAAUCUGUCAAAUGCAACAGCAGAUAAUAUCCUCGAUGAUUUGAACCUCACCAGUGAUGAUUAUAAUAAUGGCACAACGAUUCAGCUUCUUGCCUUCAUGGUUUGCGAAUUCCCUGUCCAAAUUCUGACCAAGAGAUACGGAUUUAAACGUAUCUUACCAUCCAUGAUGAUUUGCUGGAGCUUAGUUUCAUGGGCUCAAUCGUGGAUGACCAAUAGAACGUCGUUCUACAUUACCCGGGCCCUUAUCGGAGCAUUUGAGGGUGGUUUUAUUCCUGGUACUAUUCUCUUCGCGACGUACUUCUAUACGUCCAAGGAGUUAUCUAUUCGCCUCGCCGCAUUUUGGUCGACUCUUAACGUUGCGAGAGUUAUUUCGGCACUCCUGGCCGCUGGGAUUCUCGAACUGCGUGGAACCAGUGGAAAGCCCGGAUGGUUUUGGCUGUUCCUGAUUGAGGGCAUUUUAACUUUCGUGAUUGGUAUUAUCAGUUUCUUCUAUCUCCCCAGUUCACCGACGUCAACUUCCGGUGUUAUUUGGAGAAAGCCAUGGUAUACUGAACGAGAAGAAAUUAUCAUGAUUAACCGCAUCUUACGAGAUGAUCCAGCCAAGGGCCUCACAGCUCUAAAAGAACCAGCCACAUUUGCGGAUAUCAAGAGAGCUUGGAGCGACAAGUCAAUGUGGGGACUCUACUUCGUCGGACUUGUAGCUUAUAUUCCGGCAACACCAGUCCAGGCAUAUCUCACACUUACUCUGAAACGCCUCAACUUCACCACAUUCAACUCCAACAUGCUCACCGUGCCAUCGGCAGUCAUCCAAAUUAUCACCAUGUUAACUCUAUCAUACAGCAGCGAAUUUUUCAACGAGAGAACUUUCCAUUGUUUUUUCGGCGAAUUUUGGAUCCUGCCGCUUCUUGCUGCUCUUUUAACUCUUCCUGAUGGCGGAAGAGAGUGGUCUAGAUUCUCACUGAUCACGUUGAUCUCUGGCUAUCCCUACUUUCACCCCAUCGUCUCAGCGUGGAUCUCGGAAAAUACAUUUGACGUGAAGAAGCGCGCCAUUACCGCUGCGACUUACAAUGUCAUUGUCCAGGUGGGGUCACUUAUCGGAUCUCAGAUAUAUCGAAAAUACGACUCGCCGUACUACAAGCAGGGAAACAAAGUCCUGAUAUCUAUUUGCGCUCUUUCGUUGUUAACGUUUGUUGCACAGAGACUGUAUUUGCAGACUCUGAACAAGAGGAAGGCGGCAGUUUGGGACGAGAUGACUGUUGAGGAGCGAUCAAUUUAUCAGGCAGACGCUACAGCGAGAGAGGCAGAUGGGAAUAAGAGGCUUGAUUUUAGGUUCCAGUAUUAGGUAGUUAAAGUAGUCGGAG